CCGCCCGCUCUCCGCAGGUGGCCGCGGGCCCGAGCAGCGCGGCCAUGGGCCGAGGGGUGCGCGUGCUGCUGCUGCUGGGCCUGCUGCACUGGGCCGGGGGCGGCGAGGGCAGGAAGACCUGGCGGCGCCGCGGCCAGCAGCCAGCCCCGCCGCCGCCCCCGCCCCCGCCGCGGGCCGAGGCGGCGACGGCGGCCGGGCAGCCGGUGGAGAGCUUCCCGCUGGACUUCACGGCCGUGGAAGGCAACAUGGACAGCUUCAUGGCGCAGGUCAAGAGCCUGGCGCAGUCCCUGUACCCCUGCUCGGCGCAGCAGCUCAACGAGGACCUGCGCCUGCACCUCCUGCUCAACACGUCGGUGACUUGCAACGACGGCAGCUCGGCCGGCUACUACCUGAAGGAAUCCAAGGGCAGCCGGCGAUGGCUACUGUUUCUGGAAGGAGGCUGGUACUGCUUCAACCGGGAGAACUGCGACUCCCGAUAUGACACCAUGCGGCGCCUCAUGAGCUCCAAGGACUGGCCGCUCACUCGAACAGGCACGGGGAUCCUGUCCUCCCAGCCAGAGGAGAACCCCCACUGGUGGAACGCCAACAUGGUCUUCAUCCCCUACUGCUCCAGCGAUGUCUGGAGUGGGGCUUCAUCCAAGUCUGAGAAGAACGAGUACGCCUUCAUGGGCGCCCUCAUCAUCCAGGAGGUUGUGCGAGAGCUCCUGGGCAAAGGGUUGAGCGGGGCCAAGGUGCUGCUGCUGGCAGGGAGCAGCGCGGGGGGCACAGGAGUGCUGCUGAACGUGGACCGCGUGGCCGAGCAGCUGGAGGAGCUGGGCUAUCCAGCCAUCCAGGUGCGGGGCCUGGCUGACUCUGGCUGGUUCCUGGACAACAAGCAGUACCGCCGCACAGACUGCAUUGACACCAUCACCUGCGCGCCCACGGAGGCCAUCCGCCGGGGCAUCAGGUGCCCUGGGAGGGAGGGCCCAUCCUGUGCAGAGGGCCUGGGGUGUGGUGGCAUCUGUGGGUGGAGAAGCUCAUGGGGGGCCAGGGGCAGCCUAACCUGCAGCAUGUGGCCUAGGUACUGGAAUGGGGUGGUCCCGGAGCGCUGUAGGCGCCAGUUCAAGGAGGGCGAGGAGUGGAACUGCUUCUUUGGCUACAAAGUCUACCCAACCCUGCGCUGCCCGGUGUUCGUGGUACAGUGGCUGUUUGACGAGGCCCAGCUGACUGUGGACAAUGUGCACCUCACGGGGCAGCCGGUGCAGGAGGGCCAGUGGCUGUACAUCCAAAACCUGGGCCGUGAGCUGCGGAACACACUCAAGGACGUGCCGGCCAGCUUUGCCCCUGCCUGCCUCUCCCACGAGAUCAUCAUCCGAAGCCACUGGACAGACGUCCAGGUAAAGGGGACCUCACUGCCCCGGGCACUGCACUGCUGGGACAGAAGCCUCCACGACAGCCACAAGGCCAGCAAAGCGCCCCUGAAGGGCUGCCCCAUCCACCUGGUGGACAGCUGCCCCUGGCCCCACUGCAACCCCUCUUGCCCCACCAUCCGGGACCAGUUCACGGGGCAGGAGAUGAACGUGGCCCAGUUCCUGAUGCACAUGGGCUUCGACGUGCAGACAGUGGCACAGCAGCAGGGCCUGGAGCCCAGUAAACUGCUGGGGAUGCUGAGCAGCGGGAGCUAGGGCCCCGCCCAGGCCACCUCCCCUCCAGGCCCUCCUGCCCUCCUAGGGCAGCAGGGCCCCGGCCAUCCCCAUCCUGGGUCUGGAUGCCCUCCCCUGGCAGCCUUCACUGCCUCUUUCCCACUGCCUCUGGGAGGCCCAGCCUGAGAUGGACCCACCGUCAGCCCAGCUGUGGCCCUGGGUCCCCUCCCAUCCCUCCCUCCUGACCCCCGCCUCCAGCCCACAGUGGGGAGUCAGAAGCACUGGAUUCCUCAGCCCCCAGCCCAGAAAGGGCCCCCCCCAGCCCAGCCCCCAGCCUCUCCUGCCCGUUUGUAUUAUUUUAUAAAGUGACUUUUUUUAUUACUUUAAUUUUUUAAAAAAGAAAAAUAAGCAAGAAAUAUAUAGUGAAUGAUAUUGUUUUGUAACAUAUUUUUUUUAAAUAAUGAAGAAAAAAGACAACAAAAGA